AUGAUCGAGUCUACAGCCUAUUUUGAGUCUUAUUAUCAUGUACUUAAGAAGAUUAAAUAAAUGGAUAAAUGGGACUAUGUUCCAUUUGAGGAAUAUCUUACGGGACAUAACAAAGAUUUUAUAAGGCUUCCAGCCAUCUAUGAGGAAUUAGAGGAGUAUUAAUAGGUAUAGUUUAAUUAAAAGAUAGUUGAAGGAAUAAAUACAGCAAAACUCGAUAAUAACUAGGCAAAAGCAAUGAAUGCUUGCUUAAAAAAGGAACUUGCACUUAUUCAAGGACCUCCUGGCACAGGUAAAACCUAUGUCGGAGAACAUUUUGUCAAAAUUUUGAUUGAUAACAAAAAGUUCUGGAGAGAAAAUAAAGGCCCAAUACUUAUAGUCUGUUAUACAAAUCAUGCCCUAGAUCAGUUCCUGAAUUUGAUAAGUAAAUAUACAAUGAAUUUUGUAAGAAUCGGAGGCAGAAGUCAAGAUGAAUCUCUAAAAAAUCAUUCUAUUUAACAAUACAUUAAAGAUAGAAAAAUAUCCUACCCAAAGUCUUACAAAUAUGCUUUUGAAGGAUACUAAAAGAAAGAUUAUACUAAGGCACUUUAGCAUUUCACAGAGACGUUAUUAGUAGAACCUGAUCUACCAGUCUUAUUUUGGCUUGGUCUUAUUGAUUUAGACAAAUACAUUUAGGAUUUGAUACCCUAAAUUGUACUUUCACAGUAGCAUCAAAUGUUUGAACAGGACUUGUAUUACAAUUUGGAUGAUUUAAAUCAAAGAGAAAAGGAAUAUGAAGAAAUAUUAGAUCAAAAGGAUAUUUACUAUAGUAAAAGUGAUGCUUAAUAUUAUGAAAAAAAAUAUUUCAACCUAACUUAGCUUUAUAAACAGCAGACACAAUCAGAUUUCUUUUUUAAAUAAGGAAAUAUGAUGUAGUGUAUUCAAAGUGGACAAUAAAUAGGUAAAGCAGGCAAAUUAGCUGAAAGAGAUUACCCUUUGUUUAACUUAAGAAUGGAGAGAAGAUGGUAGCUGAACAACUAUUAUGCAGACAACUAAGACAUUUCUUAAUUCUAGGAGCUUCAUCAAUUAAUAGAAGAAUACAAAAUAAAAUUCCAGAGAAGAUAGGAGUUGCAAAGCAUAGUUACAUGCAAAGCUCUUAAAUAAGCAGACAUAGUUGCUAUGACUACAACAGGUUGUGCUAAGAACAGUGAUAUGAUGAAAGAUAUAAAUUUCCCAAUAGUAAUCGUAGAAGAAGCCGCUGAGGUAUUUGAAGCUCACAUUUUAACAGCUUUAAGUUAGAAAACUGAACAUCUAAUUUUGAUUGGUGAUCAUCAAUAACUUAGACCUUCACCAGCAGUCUACGAACUUGAGAAAACUUACAAUUUAGAUAUGUCUAUGUUUGAAAGACUAGUGAAAAAUAAAUUCGAAUAUACAACUCUUAGUAAUUAAAGAAGGAUGAGACCUGAAAUAUCCAACAUGGUUAGAUUCCUCUACCCAGAACUUACUGAUGAUCCCAAGGUAAAGAAUUAUCCAAACAUUAAAGGAGUGGAUAAAAAUGUUUUUUUCAUGCAUCAUGAAGAGCUUGAAUAAGAAGAUGAAGGAUUAUCCUCAAAGCUUAAUAAGUUUGAGGCUGAACUGAUUAUCAAUUAUGCUAAUUACCUCAUUUAGUAGAAUUACCAGCCUAAUCAAAUAACAAUUUUAUCACUUUACUAAGCCUAAUCAUUCUACAUUAAGAAAUAGAUAAGAUAGAACUAUCUAGAUAUUACACAUCCAUUGAAUCGCAUAAAAAUAAUCACUGUAGAUAACUUUUAAGGAGAAGAAAAUGAUAUAAUUAUUCUAUCCCUUAAAUUAAAUAAGGAAGUGAUUUUUAAAAUGUUCCAGAAGGAGGAUGCCUUGAUAAUUGUGAUUCAAGAUUACCCUGUGGACAUAAAUGCGAGAGGUUAUGCCAUAAUUUUGAAGUAAAUGAAAUAAAUAAAACAGGCCAUGAUAAUGAUAAAUGUCUCAAGCCAUGCUAAAGAGUAAAUCCAUGUGGUCAUGAAUGCAAUUACAAAUGUUUUGAGUGCAAGAAUAUUUUAUCUGAUUGCAAAGUAAAAGUUUAAGUCAAAAUAUAGAAGUGUGGACAUGUAAACUAAGUUGAAUGCUUUAAAAGCAAAGAUUUAUAAUGCUAAAAUGAUUGCUAAAAAGUUAAGAACUGUGGUCACAGAUGCUAGAAAAAGUGUUACUACGAUUGUUCUUUAGACAAAUGUGGAGUUAAUGUUUCCAAAAUUUUACCUACAUGCAAGCAUGAAGUAGAGAUUAAAUGUUUUAUCAGUCCUAAAGAAUUCGAGUAAAAUGGUAAUAUUCCUUUCAAUUAUAACUACUUUAGAUGGAUGCUACAUUAAAUGUGGAUAGAUACUAGAGUGCGGACAUCCUUGCGCAGAAAAAUGUGGAACAUGCCAAAAGAAAUUUUUCCAUGGUUUUUGCGACUAAAAAUGUAAUAGAACUUUAUUUUGUGGGCAUAUUUGCAAGGAUAAUUGUGCUAAAGAAUGCUCAGCCUGUGAAGCAAAAUGCGAGACCAAAUGUGCGCAUUCUAAAUGCCAGCAAAAGUGCUACUAUCCAUGUAAAUAGUGUAUUGAGCCUUGCGAGAUAGGAUGUAUUCACUCAAAAUGCUCUAAAAAAUGCCACGAACCUUGUGAUAGGUAAAUUUGCAACGAACCGUGUCCUUUAAAAUUAAAAUGUGAGCAUGACUGCAUUGGCUUAUGUGGAGAUAUUUGUCCUUAAGUAUGCAGAAUUUGUAAUAAAGAUGAUGAGACUUUCACAAUAUUUUUUGGGCUUGAAGAUGAACCCGAUUCCAGAUUUGUUUAAAUAGAUUGCGGGCACAUUUUUGAGUCAUAAUAAUUAGACAGAUGGGUAAAUAAAACAGAAGAAUCAAGUGAUGAUUAAGAAGAAAGUAAACAAUAAAAUAAUGAGUAGAAUAAUAAUUCUUAAUCUUCCUUUAUUAAAUUCCCAGAAUGUCCAAAAUGCAAAUAAUUGAUAAGAAAAUCCUAAAGAUAUCAAAAUAGAAUAAACUAGGUACUUAAUGACAUAAAUGUUCUUAAAUCGAAAGUUGAAAGUUAAACAGAAAAUUUGAAGAAGAAAGUAGAGUAAAUGCAAGAUACAUACAAACAAUUUCAUCAGAAAAAGUUAGAGUGUGACAAUAAGUUCAUUCAAGAAAUUUAAACCUUACUUAGUUAAUGGUUCUCAAUGUUUAACUAAUUUAAGCAAAAUCCUGUAGUACUACAGAACUUAGAACGAAAACUAAUACUGAUACAGAUAUUUAUUUCCUGCUAGAAAUAUUUGUCUUAACAAGGAUGGGGAAUGGUAAGUCAAAAUCUCACCUUGUAGAUGUAAUGCAACGAAUUCUUGAGAGUUAUCAAAAAGAACAAAUUCAUUAUUGACGAUAAUGAAUUUGAAUCUUAUAAGAAACUUGCGGAACAAAUUGAUCAGUCAAUAGACUUUAAAUAAUUAGUCAAAUAAUUAGGAGAUGCAAUAGGAAUAUCUGGAGGAAGAUGGUUCAAGUGCAAAAAUGGUCAUUUCUAUGCAAUUGGAGAAUGUGGUGGUGCAAUGGAAGAGAGUAGAUGUCCUGAAUGCAAAGAAGUCAUUGGAGGAAAGGAUCAUUAGUUAGCAGAAGGAAAUCAAUUCGCUAGUGAGAUAGAUUCAGAGUCUAGACCUGCGUGGGAUCCUUAAGGCUUUAAUCAAAGAGUCUUAAAUGGUCAAAUAGAUCUAAGAUAGAUUAUUCACGACUGA